GACCAAAACAAGGGUAUAUAGCCGUUGCUAGUCUCUAUCUCACACACACGCUCCCACUCAGGUUUCAGCUACGCUCUUUCUCGCAUCUUCCUCUUCUCUCACACCCACAGUCCCACAGUAACAACAAAACCUCUCUUUCAAAUUUCAAUGGUGCUUUUCUACCACACUAUAUAACCCUAAUCAGCUCCACAAUCACCCACUUCUCAAUUUCCGAAUUUUCAGCUCAAUUUCAUCCCAAAUCGAUAAUUCAUCGAUCUUUCCCCCUCAAACCCUAACAAUUUUCCCGAUGAACCAUUUGUAAAUUCGCUUAACUUCUGCUGUAAUUGACAGUUUAAUAGCAUCUCACGACCAAUUUGCAGAGAUGGCAGAAAACGAUCCUUCCAAGAAAGUAGCUGAUAGGUAUCUCAGGCGUGAAGUCCUUGGUGAAGGUACCUAUGGUGUUGUGUACAAAGCCAUUGAUACCCAGACAGGACAAACGGUUGCCAUUAAAAAGAUUCGGCUUGGCAAGCAGAAAGAAGGGGUGAAUUUUACAGCUCUUAGGGAAAUUAAACUGCUUAAAGAGCUUAAAGAUCCAAACAUUAUUGAGUUGAUUGAUGCGUUCCCACAUAAAGGGAAUUUACAUCUUGUGUUUGAAUUCAUGGAGACAGACCUCGAAGCUGUCAUAAGAGACCGGAACAUUUUCCUUUCUCCAGGAGAUAUUAAAUCUUACCUUCAAAUGACGCUGAAAGGUCUUGCUUUUUGCCACAAGAAAUGGGUUUUGCAUAGAGAUAUGAAACCAAAUAAUUUGUUGAUAGGACCUAAUGGACAGCUGAAACUUGCAGAUUUUGGUUUAGCACGGAUAUUUGGAAGCCCAGAUCGCCGGUUCACUCAUCAGGUGUUUGCUCGGUGGUAUAGAGCACCUGAGCUAUUAUUUGGUACAAAGCAAUAUGGUUCAGGGGUAGAUGUCUGGGCUGCAGCUUGCAUAUUUGCUGAACUCCUCCUUCGUCGGCCCUUUCUUCAGGGUUCAAGUGAUAUUGAUCAAUUAGGAAAGGUUUUUGCAGCGUUUGGAACUCCAUCACCCUCUCAGUGGCCUGAUAUGGUAUACCUUCCAGAUUAUGUUGAAUACCAAUAUGUUCCUGCUCCCCCUUUGCGUUCUUUAUUUCCGAUGGCAAGUGAAGAUGCUUUAGAUUUGUUGUCAAAGAUGUUCACAUAUGAUCCGAAGGUUAGAAUUUCCGUGCAGCAGGCAUUAGAACAUAGGUACUUUUCUUCUGCGCCUCUGCCUACAGUUCCCGACAAGCUUCCUAGACCUGCCCCUAAGAAGGAGUCUAGGGCUCAAGAUUUCAAUCCUCAUGAGGGUCCCACUGUCUUAUCACCUCCAAGGAAGUCUAGAAGAGUGAUGCCAGGCCGUGAUGGGUUUGAAGGAAAUUCUUUGCAAGGGGAGGACAAGAUUGAUGACGAUGUUGGUAAUUUCAAGCAAACAGCUGGUGAUAAUACAGGCAAGAAUGAGCCGGCACCAAUGUCUCUAGAUUUUUCUCUCUUCGGAUUAAAACCUCCAAAUAGACCAACAAUUAACAGUGCUGACAGAUCACAUUUAAAAAGAAAAUUAGAUCUAGAAUUCCAGCAUGACUAGUGCGUGAGUACAAGGGGUUUGUUGCAUCUGAGGAAAUGCUGCAAUUCGGCUUUGCUUCUGUAUCAUUCCUUAUCCCUCUCUUAGCAUGAAGCCUACUAUGAAUGUGUAAUGUCUAAAGGAUGAAGUAGUAGGGGCAGCAAUUAGCAUCUCACUUUAAUUGUACCGUUCAGAGACACAAAGUAACUAUCAUAGGAAAAAAAACUAUAGUAAACAAACUCUCUGAAUCCCUUUGUUCUUAAUUCUUGUUCCUCAUGCACAAGAGAAUCUGUACAAGUCCACGGAAGGCCUUUGAGUGAGGGCAUUUUCUUGAGCCUUUGCUAUAUCUGACGCAUGAAACAGAAUCUUAACAUUUAUUUUGUUAUUGAACAUUAAGAGAAAUUAUUCUUUACACUUUUGAGUGUAUAAUAUGUAUUUUCUCACAAGGUGGUUUGAAGUUUGCUGCUUGCUUUCAUUUAUUUAGGCGUAAUGUGUUUGUUUCAUUUGUUAAUAGGAUGAGUGCUCCUUGUUUUUUUCAA